UUUGAAGAAAUGUUAUACUCAACAGUUGGGAAAUGUCCUCAUUUCGACGCACGCCACCAUGUUGGUUCUGCCGCUCGUCGUUGUGCUGUUUUUCAGAGGCGUUACUUUGUCUGCUGCAGACAACUGUGAAGUGUGUUUGGGCUUUCUAAACAGACUAUAUGGCAGUCUGAGCUCAGCGCACACAGAUCUUACUCCCGCCCUGGUGGAGGAAGCGCUGACCCAGGCCUGUGCAGUUGCCCAGGGGAAAGAGGCCAGGCUGUGUUACUACCUGGGAGCCAGCAGCGACGCAGCAACGCGUGUCAUAGCGUCGGUAUCCCGACCUCUGGCCUCGCACGUCCCUGUUGAAAAGAUCUGCCAGCGCCUCAACAGCAGAGACACACAGAUCUGUCAGCUCAGAUAUGAACCUACGCUGAAGAAUCUGAGCACUGAUGGGCUCAGAAAGAUGAAAGUCAUAGAGCUAAGGAACAUUUUAGCGUCAUGGGGUGAAGAGUGUAGAGGCUGUCUGGAAAAACAUGAGUUUGUCAGCCUCAUCCAGGAGAAAGCGCAGCUGCAUGCUCAUAGUACGGAACUUUGAGAAGCACCUCAACCUCUAGUUCUUAACCCAAACACCUGUUUGUGUCUCAGAAGCUGGAUUUCUCUGAAAUCAUAUAAACAUAUGACUUUGA